ACAACAUAAUUGGAUUUUUAUUAGUUGCAAUAUGCUGGGGAUUCACAAAUCCGUUUAUUAAAAAAGGAAGCAAAGGAAUUGAAAAUAUUAAACAUGAUAAUUGGUUAAAACAAACAGUUUUUGAGAUUAUUUUUUUGUUUACUAGAUGGCAGUAUAUCUUACCUUUAUUGCUUAAUUUAAGUGAAGAGAUUGGAUCCAAGGAAACAUGGAUUGGUAUGGGACUUGUAGUAAUUGGAGUUGGAUUAUGCGUUGAUAGUAAAGUUCAAUGA